AUGUGGUUCUACCUGGCAUUGGCAAUUUUGCUGUACUUUGUGAUACGAUCCUAUCGAGAAAGACAGCAGGUAGACAACCUGAGAGAAAAACACGUAUUCAUCACUGGCUGUGAUUCUGGUUUUGGAAACCAGCUGGCCAGACAACUGGAUGCCCAGGGUCUACACGUGUUGGCUGCUUGUCUCACCCAGAAGGGAGCACAGCAACUGGAGAGACUCACAUCGGACCGGUUGAAAACCACCCUGUUGGAUGUCACCAGUAGCGAGAGCAUUGAGGCAGCAACUGCAUGGGUGAAAGAAUGUGUGGGGAAUAAAGGACUUUGGGGCUUGGUAAAUAAUGCUGGAAUUGUGCACCCUGUAUCCCCCAAUGAAUGGCUGACCAAAGAGGAUUAUAUGAAAGUGCUGAACGUCAAUCUAAUUGGGCUAAUUGAUGUGACACUGCAUAUGUUGCCCUUGGUGAAGAAGGCCAGGGGAAGAGUGGUUAACAUGUCCAGCAUCAUGGGUCGACUUAGUACCAUGGGAGGUGGCUACUGUCUCUCAAAGUAUGGAGUGGAGGCUUUCUCUGACAGUCUCAGGCGUGAGAUCCACUCAUUUGGGGUGAAAGUAGCCAUAAUCGAGCCAGGCUAUUUCCGCACAUCCAUGACUGAUAUCCAAAAAAAUCUUGAGAGCCUGGAGCAACAAUGGAUCAAAGCCCCAGAGGAAAUCAAAGAAAGCUAUGGCCAGCCUUACUUCGAUGCAUGUGAGUCUUUACUUCGUGAGGCGAUCAAAGACCAACUGGCAACUCGUUGCUGCACAGAUCUCUACAAGGUGACUGACUGUAUGGAGCAUGCUUUGAUAUCCAAAUACCCCUAUACACGCUAUUCUGCUGGCUGGGACUCCCGGUGGAUCUUUGUUCCUCUCUCUUAUUUGCCCACUUCCAUCGCAGAUUUUGUGCUGACUCGAUCUUAUCCUAAACCUGCUCAGGCUCUGUAA